AGAUAUUGGAUAUUGGAUAUUGGAAACCAGUUCAAGGCAACGUUAAAGAAAAGGCGGUAGAGUCUGAAGGUGAGCUACUUUCUACGUUGUCCCCUUAAUUUCGCUUCACAGUUAACAGCAGCCGUAAAGAACAGUCUAAUUCCAGUCGAUUAAGUAAUUUUUGGUUCAACAAUCUCAGUGUCCUUUCUAUUCUACAAAAAUUGCUUUUGACUUCUACCUAACAGAUGUCAGAUUAUGACGAUGUUUUAUGUAGUUCUCUGAAAUUGAAAUCUGGCCAAGGAAUAAAAAAAAAAAAGAAAAAGCAUGCUAAAAAAUUAGCACCAAACGAUCUUGAAGUGGUGACUGUCAAUACCACUGAAAUUAAUCCAAACGACGAAACUGUCAAAGAAGUGAAUAAUAAUAAUAAUUCAAAGCCUACAUAUAAAAAUUUAACUAAAUCACAAAUAGAAUGGGAGAAACGUCGAGAUAAACGUAUAUUUGAAUCUGUACUAUCAAAGGCAGAUAAAUCUCAUAAACAAAGAAUAAUUGAAUUUAACAAUUAUCUGAGUACUCUCACUGAACAUUUCGAUAUACAGAAAGUUUCUUGGACGAAAUAGGUUGCAACUGAGCCUAAUUUGUUGUCGAAUACUUUUUGUGUGAAAUUUCAAAUACUUAUGAAUAUGUAUUUAAUAUUGAGCUCUAAACAUGUGAUUUUCUUAUUUCUUGCAAACGUUUUCGAAUUAUAUUUGACUGUAAUAAUCUAAAAA